AUGGCGGAGGCUGCGCAGGGCGCCAAGCCCAAACGAGGACGAAUUGUGCCAUCCCGUUACUUGCAGUAUGACAGAAAAACCCCUGGGAAGGCCGAGUCUGCCGCCAAAGGGAAUGAGAAGUCAGCUUUUGCCAAGAGACCCCCUCUCCAGAAAAGUAUUUUAGAGGCGACCUCCAAAAACGCCGUUCAGUCCACAUUCCUGGAAGGCCAUGAGAGUGCUCGACCCAACCUGGAGUUGUCCACAUUCCUGGAAGGCCAUGAGAGUGCUCGACCCGACCUGGAGUUGUCGGUGGUCGACAAAAGCGAACUUGUGAAGACUCUCUCAAAGCCAAAUGCUGCUUCGAAAGGCAUCUCCAGAAAGGAGCAGGCCCUGACAUCCCGUGAUGUAGACGACUUGGCUGGAAUGCUGGAAUCUCAGACGCUGCUUUUAACAUACGCCAAUGUAAAGAUGGAGAAAAACCUUGCCCUCUUGGAGGCAAAAGCAGAGAGGGACUUGCUGGUGCUCACAAAGGAACGGGAGAAACUUCAGGAGGAAGUACACAGGAAGAAGCGCAAACUUCUACUUCUGAAGAAAGAACCGGAUCUCUCCAAUGCGCUGGACAUGCAGCUCGAAGUUCUUGGCCCCGUUGUGGAGCGGUGUGCUAAGUUCCAGGAGGAGUACAAGCACUUCGCCACGGCCCUGGACUCCACACGGCACGAACUGCCCUUGAAAGGGAUCCACGUGGGAGAGAGCCAGACUCAGUUCCUAGCUGACUUGCGAGAACACCUGGCUGCCACUGAGAGAAUGCUGAAGCAGAAUCUGCAAGAACACUUGGAGCACAACGCCGAAGCGCUGGGAGCUGUGAGAGAGCUGGAGGAGGCAUCUCUGAAGCUGGCUGACGAACUCCCAAGGAGCGUUGCCAGUGUGCUGAACCUUUCUGCGGAUGUGAGCAAGGAGGUCUCGCUGCGCUGCCAGAAAACCUGUGAAGACACUCUGGGGCUGGAGGCUAUGAAACAGUUGUACUUCCCUUAA